AUGUUAUGCUUAGAUAAAGAAGAUGAACUAAAGAUAUGUAAAAAAUAUAGUUACCCUAAAUUUGAAAAUAAUAAGAUUUUGGAUCAUAAACAUCCGAGUAAUGAAAAUGUGAAUAGUAACAUCGAAGGGAGUAAUACGGAUCCGAAGGGUAACAGCAGUAGAAACUUUGAUAAUAUUGACGAUAAAAUUAGGAACACAAAUAUUAAUGACAAUAUAAUUUACAUAAAUACAAGUACGUGCAAUUCUUUUAUUUAUGUGGCUACAAAAUUUUGCUUAUAUGUAUUUGAUAAUGAUGAUUUUCGUUUUGUUAAUUUUUAUGCUUUGGAUUAUAAAAACGCAUAUAAAAAAUAUGGGUGUCAUGAUAAUGUGUUUCUAUCACCUUUUGAUAAUACUGUAUAUAUUAUAACAGAUAAUUUUAAAUAUGUAUAUGUAUAUAAUAUAGUUAACAAAAAAAAUAUUGUUAUGUUAGAUAAUGAUAAAAACAUUCAUUCAAUUAAUAUUAAUGAUAAUUCUGAUUUUGACACAUCAAGUGAAAAUGAAAAUGAAUAUUAUGAAUAUAUUACCUAUAUAAAAAACAUUUAUAGAAAAAAAAUCAAGGAAAUUAAUACAAUUGCUAGCAUAAAGCUUAUUACGGUGCUUUAUUUGCCAAUUCCAUCAAAUUGUUUGAUUAUAACCAAACAUAAUAUUUUAUUUUUUUCUUAUGAAACUGAUGAAAUAUUUAUUUCAGAUAAUAUUCAAACCGUUCUAGAUAAUACCAAAAAGUUGAAUCGACAAAAUGAAGUAACUGAUGUUAAAAAAAUUAUAGCUAAUACAAAAAUUGUCAGAUUGGAAUCAAUAUAUUACCGAAGGAAUAAAAAGAAACCAAGUUUGAAAACUAGUGCCAUUAAAAAUGUGAAAGUAACAAAUGGCGAUAAAAAAAAAAAUGAGAAGAAACGAAAUAAUAGCGGUGAUAAUAGCAAGGAUGACGAAUCCUCGUUGAGGGGAAUACAAAAUGUGGGUCUCAUAAAAAUGGACAAGGGAAAAUAUAUGUACAAAAAUAUAAAACCUCGCGUUUUUUUUUUCUUCAAAAAUCAAAAAAUGAUUAAUAAGUGUUUUCGAAAUUUUCCAUUUUAUCGAAACGCUUUAAAUUUUUGUAACAAAAUAAGAAGAAACAUCAUUCUAAAAGAAAACAAAAGGGAAAUUAAAAAAAGAAAAAGAAAAGGAGCGCAUAGUAAAAAAAAACAACUUCCUACAUAUUUAUACAGCAAUAAUAAAGAAAAUAAUUUAAAAAAAUUUAUUAAAAAAAAAAAUAUUUCUAUACAAAUAAAAAAUAAUAAAUAUAAAAAAUGUAUUAAUAUAAAAGGGGUGGAAAGGGUAGAAUUUAGUAUCCAUAAUGAUUAUUUAUUACUAAUAAGCCGUACUCAUGAUUUUUACAUUUUUUCAUUUUUCCACAAAUUUUUUAAUGUUCCUCAAGACAAAAAUUGUUAUUAUUAUGGGCGUUCUAUUCAUAAAAAUGAAGUAAUUGGUACAAUUGAAAACAAAUAUAGAAUUCAAAGACAAAAUUUAUCUAACUUAAGCAACAAAAAUAAAAACAUUCGGAAUAACAGAAUGAGCAAUGUUUUAAAAAAAAAAAGAAAAGACGAUCAAAUUAUAGGAAUGUAUGUAGAUUCGUCUGUUUUAGAUAUAAGUAUAAAUAUUUAUAGAAAAAUUAUUUUGAUAAUAUAUAAAAAUUAUAUUAUUAAAGCGUACAGUAUUAAUCCUUAUAUAUGUAAACAUGUUUUUAAAAAAUGUGUAUUUACUAUUGAUAAAUUUAGUGGUUACAAAAAUACAUGUUAUUAUUAUAACUUUUUAGUAUGGAAUAGGCAAAAUAAUUUUUUCCUUGUUUCGUUUAAUCAAAAUAAUUUCCACAUUUUUAAUACAAAUGGGACAUUAUACCAUUCAGAAAAUAAGAGCUUUGAUGAUCUAUCGAGCACAAAUCCAGAGGGGAAUAAUAAUAUGCCCAAUUCGAAUAACACUUCUGGUGUUAUUUUGGACAAUUUAAAUAACAAUCAACUUGGCUUUAACAAAUUAUCAACAUAUGAAAACAAAAGAACCAAGCAUAAACAGACGGAAAAUGUUUUAUUACACCGAAAAAAAAAAUACAUAAACAUAUCCUUUGUUUUUAACGACUUCAAAUUAUUUUGUAGUACUAGAAGUGACGAAAGUUACUACUAUAUUAAUGUUAAAAAUUUAAUAUAUUUAAAUGAUAUAUAUAGCCAAAAUAAAAUUUUCCAUUAUAACAGUAAUUAUUACACUAAUGAGUAUAAGAAAAAUAUAUUUAUCGGUUUAAACAAUUUAGUUAUAUUUGAUACUAAUAUAAAUAAUUACAAUAUAAAUGAUCACGAAAAAAACAUUAUAAAUAUUAAAGAAGUAAAUACUCCAUUUAAAUUUAUUAAAAAAGCAUACCUCAAUUUUAAUAAUACAUAUAUAUUAGUUAUAUUUAAAACAAUUUCGAUUUAUAAUGUUAAAACACGAAAAUUUUCACAGUUCGUUGAUGACAAUUUGUUUAAAUUUUUUUUUCAUAAUUAUCCAUGUGGUUGGCUAUUUGAUGAUGUUUUUUUUGCCACUUGUUUACAUAAUAAAUAUGACGAAAAUAAUUUUAAAAAUUUCAAAAUAGUUCAUCAAAACAACGUACGUCGUGAAAGUAUAUUUUUUAGUCAAUCCGCUUCGAAGGACAAUGAUUUCAGUUUUGACCUCUUCAAAAUGGAUUACGAAAGCGAAGAAAUAAAUGAGAUAGAUGACAGAGGCACAAAUCGUUGGAUUGACAAAAACGAAGACAGUGAAAGUAAACGUAGCGAAAGCGAUGAAAACGAAGAUGAUGAGGAAGAUGAAUGGAAUGAAAAUGGCACAUCCUUGAAUACUGAUGGUAGUGUCGAUGAAUACAAAGAGAAUUUUCAAAAAGGGGGAACUAACCCUCAAAAUUUUUUUCUACUAAAUUAUUUAUUUAAUUAUAAUCAUGAUGAUAGUGAUUUGUAUUAUAAAUUUUUUGAAGAAUAUUUUAAUAAUAAUAAAGGAAAUAUUUAUUCAAAGCCCUAUUGUUCUUUUUAUAAUAAUUUUUUUUUGGAAAAAAGUACAAACAUAUUUUUAGAAAAAUUUAAAGAAAAACAAAUUAAAAACUACAAAUAUAAUACAUUCACAGAAAUGACGCAAAAUAAUUCAAUUCAACCAAAAAACAAAUUACAUAAAGAAGAUAACGUAGGAAGUAGGAAAAGUGAUUCCAAUCUGGAAAAAAACGAUGAUAAUAUUUGCUUAAAUAAUAAGGAAUCUAUAAACAACCAUAUAGAUAAGCAUGAGACACAAUAUAAAAAUACUUAUUUCGAUGAAUCUAAUAAAUUUACUAGCAUAAAUAAUGUUGAGGAGCAUACACGUUUUAUAAAUAUUAAUGAAGAAAACAGAAAAAACAUCGAUAAAAAAUAUACACAGUUAAAUGAUGAAUAUCAAGAAAUUUUAAAUACAAAUAAUUUUUAUUACAUUAUAUAUUUAUACAAUAUAAAUAAUAAUAUGAAACUUACAAAUUAUGUAUGCUCUAUUAAAUUAUUGUAUAGACCAAUAUUAACUCAUGUAUUUUGUGGAAAAGGCAUUCAACAAGAAGACAGACAAAAAAAAGAAAUGAAAGCACAAAACGAGAAAUUGAUGAAUAUAUCACUAAGAGAGAAUUAUAUAAUUAUUUUAGAUGCAUUUUAUAAUUUAAUUUGCUUUAAAAUUAUUGAAGAAAAAAAUAAUAACGAUCCAAACAAAUUAGAAUACUCUAUGAGAUCAGAAAUUGUUUUUGUCUUACCUUUAAAUAAGGAUAAUAAUUUUGCCGAGCCUUCUUCUUUUUAUGCUUUAUUUGAUAUAUAUAAUUAUGUAUUUCAUAAUUAUGACAAUUCUAUAGUAUUUUUGCACAUAUACAAGAGCAAUAUUCAUAAUAACAGCAGUCAUAAUAAUGAUAAUGAUUUUUAUGAUUUUGAAUUUGCCUAUGUAUAUGACAAAAAAGUAGAAUAUCUACAAGUAAUAAGAAACAAUAAUAAUUUGGUUAACUGUUCUUUGCCCACCCCAAUAAAAUAUAUAUGGCCACACCCAUUUUAUUACAUUUAUUUAUUCUACUAUUAUAUAGCUUAUACUGUAUACAAUAUAAACAGAAUAAACAUGAAAUUAGUUCGGCAUCGUUUAGCAUUAUCUGAUUUAUCUAAAGAACAAAAGUAUUAUCCAAAUGGGAAUUUAUUGAAACGUAUUAAUAAUUAUGAAAUUCUAUUUAAUAAUAAUAGCUACAAAAGUGAUCAAACAGACGAAUCAAACGAGGCGAGUAUACCUAAAGAAAAUAAAACUAGUUUAAAAAAAAAAAAAAAUAUUGAAGAAACAGAUAAUUAUAGCAAAAAUGAUGACAAAUUUUAUAAUACAUUUGAAAACGUUGAUGACUCAUUUAAGUUUGAUUUUUUUUCUUUAAAAACAUUAGAUAAUAAUAUAAGAAAUGAAAGAUACAAUUUUUUUGAAAAAUUAUUGAAAAGCAAGCUUAAUGAGCAUUCCGAAAAUUAUAGUAAUUUGAUUUGUUUGAAAAAAAAAAAAAAUAAUGAAAAAAUGAAUUGUUGGAUUUCAUCAAUACGAGACGUUCCAACAUAUAUGAAUAAUUUUAAUUAUAUUUUUAACAAAUUGUUUUUAUUUUAUAAUAGUUGUGAGGAGAUGGAGAAAAGUAUAUACUACACUAACCAACAAGGUCAAGUCAAUUAUAGUUUCUCAAAUGAUUCAGGUCUAAAAUGUGAAGAGGAUGAAUAUUAUUCUAAACAUUGCAAUAAGUGGAAUAAAACACACUCGAUUUUAGAAAAAACCUUUUGCUCAUUAUUUUUUUCGCAUAUGUUAAGUAAGAACAAGAAUAAACUAAAUAAAAUUGGCGAGCAAAUACUAAAGUAUAAUUUAUAUUCAAUUAUGGACGAAGUAAAUAGUAAUGAAAGUAGUUGCUACUUAUUUUGUGGUAUUAAAAAUAGCAUGGAUGCAAUAAGUAUAAGUAAAUGCUCAAAUAAAUUUUGUUUGGUAAUCAACCUUUUAAAAAAUAGUCAAUAUUUUGAAAGUAAUAAAUAUACAAAUGCAAAUUUAAUAAUAUAUAGGCAUAUAAUGCUGAACAGAAUUCCAAAUGAUACUACUAAUAAUAGUAUUAUACAUUUUCAUCAUAUUAUUAAUUGUGUAGGAUUAUUUGUAAAUAUUAUAUCAAAUCAAUUAUCAAAUGAAUGUAUAAAUAACAAAGAAGAAAAUGUAGAAGCCGAUGAAAAUAAAAAAAAACGAGAUAAAGAAGUAACAACACAAAACUUCAAUUCAUUUAUAUUUGAUAAAAUUAGUUUUAAAAUAAAUACUUAUAUAAAUAUAAUUUUAUUCAAAUUUUUUAAACUAUAUAGUGAUGUGUAUUCAUACAGUUCGAAAAAAUAUCAAAUUAUUUAUCAGGGAAAUUUUAAAGAAAAAAAAAAAAAAAAUUUAUCUCUAAUAGUUAAAACACUAGUAAACUAUAUGGAAAAUAAUAUAUGUGUAAUAAAUAUACUUGAAAUUAUUUUAUAUGAGUGUAUUAACACAUUAAACGAUUUUUAUGUUACAGCUUAUAAAAUUGUUUAUAAUUUAAUAAACAAUAUAAAUACUGAUUAUCCUUAUUACAACCAAAUUAUUACAAAAGACAAAAGAAAAACAAUCUUAAAUAUCGUCAUAAUUAUUUUGUAUACAUUGUUUUUGAGUAAUUCUUAUAAAAAAAAGAAAAAAGCAAAAGAUUUGCUAAAUAUUAUAUUAAAUACUUUGCAUCAAAGGAGUUCCGUUUUUUUUUCUUCUUUCGAACAAGAGGAUAGUUAUAAUAAUUUCUAUAUUAAUUGUGUAUAUAGAAAAACAUUACAUAGUAACGGUACAAAAAAAGAAGAUAAAAAUAAUGAACUAAGGAAUAAGCACAUGGAAAAUGCUGAUUUUUCUGAUUUUGUAAAUAAACUAAAACCGAGUAUGCUACUUAAUUAUGCAACAAAAAUAAAAGAUUUCAAAGGAAAUAUAAAGGACAAACAUAUACACUUCAUGAUUUUAUAUUUUAUUAAAAUGGUGAAUAAACUUGAUAUCCUUUCGAUAAACAAUAAAAAAAUUGAAGAUACAAUUAAAGAGGAUUAUGAGCAUGCAAAUAGUAUUGAAGAUAGACAAAAACACAAUAUGUUUGAAAUAAAAAGUGAUUAUGCAUAUAAAAUGAACUGUAAUGUUUACUAUAUUGCACUUUAUUUAUUAUGCAUAUUAAAAAAGAAACACGUAUUCCUUUUGUAUACAAUAUUAAAAAUAUUAAGAAAAUAUUUUAGUUCUCACAUUUCUGAAGUCGUAAUAAAUAUACUAAGAAAAAUGGACCCUUAUGUUAGUGCUAUAAUAAUUUAUUCACUUGGUAAUUUUACUCCUCAUGAUUUUAUGCAAUUAUGUAUAUCCAAAAAUAAAAGAUAUAAUAUAUGUUCUUUAUAUAUGGUCAAUGUUCAGAACUAUGUAGGAAUAUAUGAUAUUCGCAAAUUUUAUUGUAUGUAUUUUCUAUGUACUAGUUUAAGAAGUAAUAUAAAUUAUUCAAUAAAUUUAAUACAUUAUAUGUCUAUUUUAUUUUCUGAGCUAAAUAGAAAUAAGGAUAAUAAUAUAUUAUAUUGGAACUAUUUUGGGCUAGAUAAAACAAAUUUAAUAAAUAUUUUAAACAAACAAACUGGAAAUAAUUUAGAUAAUUAUAUAUUUUUUUUGUUAUGCUCAUUUAAUUUGAAUACUAUCAAAUAUGAAAAACCUAUUGAUAUAUAUCAAUUGCAAUACUUAUUCGAUCAAUCAUAUAAAAUGCAAGCUUUAAAAAAUGCGAAAAGAAAUAAUUCAUCAAAUAAAAAUGGACAAAAGUCUGAGGAUAGCGACAAAGACAUCCAUACACCUAAUAAUAUGUUGGAAGAUAAAAAUGCUUCAAGUAAACAUUCAAAUUAUUUUAUUUAUAAUAAAGAUCGAAUAUUCCAAACAAGCAAAUUUAGCCAGCUAAAAAUUAAACCUUUUUCUAUCAAUAAUUUUAAAAUGAAUAAAAUUAUAUAUGAAUUUUUUUACAAUAUAGAUAUAAUACAAUUUUCAAAAGAUAAUAUAAACAAUUUUAGUAACCUAUACAAAUUUAAUAGUAGUUUAUUGUCAUUUCCUUCAUAUAAUAAUGAUAACUUAUCUAAAAGUUCAGAUACAAAUUACAUAAAAAAUUAUAUAAAAGAAAAAAAUAAAUUAAAUGAGAUAGACAAUGUAAAAAAAUCUGUUGAUUAUUUACAAGUGCAAAAUAUAUAUAUUAGAUUUGUUAUUUUAAUACAAAAUAUAAUAUGCUAUUAUAUAAAUAACAUGUUAUGGUAUGAAUUAUAUUAUUUUGCUACCUAUAUAAAAAUUGAUAUUGUCUCUUUUUUUUCUCAUAUAUAUUUUUUUAAGUCUAUUUUUUUUAGUAAUUUUUUUUGGGGAAUAUGCCCAAUAGAUGUUGCGCAUAAUUCUUUAAAAAAUUCACAAUUCUCAUUCUUAAAUUUGAAUGAAGAAAAUGUAUUAACAGAAAAAAAUAAUAAAUCCAAAAUUUGUACUAGUAAAAAUUGUUCAGAUUCUUCUCUUAACUUGAAAAAGAUUAUGAAUCCUUCUAAUAGUGAUGAAAAAAAAAUAUUUAGUACAAAAUGUUUUGAAUCCGCCGAAAAUGUUUCCACAUUUCAGAAAGAAGAAUCUUCGAAGAAAGAUAAUAAAUUAAAUAUCCAAUCUAACGAUCAAAAUGCAAAGAAAAAUAAAAAAGACUCUAUCUAUGUUAAUACUAAAAAUGAAUUGAACAAAGCAAAUGAUGAUACCUCAAAUGUGGAAAAUACAAAUUACCAUAUUAAUUAUACAGAAUAUGCAAGAUAUACAGAAUACAUGAACAAUCUCAAAACAGUUUUUGAAAAAAUCGAAUACGAAAAUGAAAGCAUUAAUAAAACAUUUUUCAAUGACAAUUUUAAAGCUAUAAAUUUUAUGGAUAUUUAUAAAUCAUUUAAAAAUCAUUUUAAUAUAGAUUGCUUGAAAAAAAAAAAAAAAAAAAAUAUGCAAAAAAAACAGGAAUCUGUCGAUUUAAAUGAACUGCAUUUUAAGAAAAAAACACGAAUAGAAUUAGAAAAUAAAAGAUAUAAAUAUAGAAAUAAUAUACACACUUAUAAUAUUUAUAACAAAUUGACAGAUUACACAUUUUUAGAGACAUAUUUCGCACCGUCGGCCUAUAAGUAUAUCCCAAUAAAUAACACACUGAAGUAUUUGUUUUAUUUUUUUAAUGUAUCUAAUAUAAAUAAUAAAAGUUGUUCAAAGAAAUAUAUAAAAUAUAUAAUGAAAAGAAGAAUAUAUGAAUAUAUUACUAAUAAUAUAAUAGAUAUAAGUAAAAAAAAAAAAAAUGAACGCUUCAGCCCAAAUAAAUAUAAAAAUAAAUAUUCACUUACCCAAAAAUGUUCCAUAUAUAAAAAUGAUAUUAUUUGGUUUUUGUUAAGAUUAUUUAUUUUAUUAAAAUUACCUAUUCAUGCUUUGGCAUUAACAAUAUAUUGCAAAAAUUAUGUCAUACUAAAUAUUUUAUUAAAUAUAUUUCCCUAUUUAUAUCAUAUAAUUAAUUAUAUUUUAAAUAUGAACGGAUCUCAUUUUUUAUAUAAGAAGAGACAAAAUAAUAAUAAUAAUUGUGAAAAUAUCAAAAGUUCGGAAUAUGAAACACCAUAUUUUUCUACUCUCGUUGACGAACAGCUUAAUAAAAAACUCUGUGAUUAUUGCUACAAUUCAAUAUUACAUUAUAAAUGUAAAACUAUAACACCAUUUAGUAACGAUCUAUGUGAUGAAAUUCACAAAAAAAAAAAAUCGACCAGCGAAAGAAAUCAAACUUUAUAUGACCAUUAUAUGUCUUGCGAAUGUUUAACCAUAUUAAUUUUUUUACGUAAAAAAUUAAUCUCAUUAAGAAAGACCAUAUAA